AUGCCGCGGCUGGCGCGCUUCUGGGACUCGCUCGAAAAUGAUCGGUUCGUCGAAACUCCGCGGGUUUGUUCCGAAUCUUUUCAUUUAAUUUCCUCUAUGCUGAUCACCAGCUAAAAUUAUUAAAUGGAAAAAAAGACCCUUUGAAAAAUUUUCGAAGAAAAGAAGCAUGUAGAACAGAGCUCGUAACGAGUAUCACAACGGAAGGUGAUAGAAAUGACAGCCAUUUUUCUCAAUCACCGGGUCCAAUCAGUUUCUAAUUGGUUUGUUACAGUGUUCUCGAGGCUCGAGAAUCUCAUUUUGAACUUCCUGGUGGGAAGAUAACCACUUGAAAUUUUUUUUUUCAGUUUAUCCUUGUAGUCGAAUAAGAGAAAAGCCUCUUGGAAAUAUUCGUGAAGUUUCAAGGGUAUACUCUAUCUAAGAAAUUAUGAAAAGUUUUUGAAGAUGGCUCAAAAUAAUUUUAAAAACGGCGUUUCGCCACUAGAUCAUCACAAUUUUUUUAUACGCCUUCAAAAAAGUCAGCAUAGUUUUUUUUUAACAGGAGGGUACUUUUAGGAAAAGCGAGAACCUCUUUUUUUUUUGGGAUUUUCUGAAUUUAAAGCGUCAAAAAGGUCGAUUAACGUUGAAAAGCUAUUACCAAAAAAAAAGUUAAUAUAUUUAUUCAUAUAAACAAAAAAAUUCAAAAAGAGUGCAACAACAAGUAAAAAAAAGAAAAUGAAAAAUAUAAUCUUCUCGAUAAGUUUUGUACUGAUCUCUCACUUUAAAUUUUUAUCACGAAGCCUAAAGGCCCUUAAGCCUUAUUUUCUUGUUGGGACAUUUUCCACUCCGAGUAGAUUGAGGCGUUCGCAAGGAAAAACUACAUAGCUUUUCUGAUUAGAACCUCUUUUUUACGGGUCAUCUGCUUGUGAUGAGUGCUUCCAAAACCAUUUUAAAUUGAAGAAAUCGAGCACGAAGUCGCUUCAAAGCCGCUGGCUGCUGGGUUUGGCGGACAGCCGCGACGACGAGAGCCAGACGAUUCUGUACGCGAAGCCGUUGGCGAGGCCAGAAGACUUCGCGCCGCUCUUCCACGAUCCGAUCUUCUGCGGCGCCCAGCGAAUCUCCGUCGGUCCCAGGUUCAUUUUUGAGUUAUUUCUCUGCGCAAGAGUCCCUCAAACUUUUGAACUGGCUCUUGGAAAACAAGAGACGCCCGUGUCAUGGGAUCCAUUCCACUUGAAGUCGUCGCGUCUCACAUUUUGCGCGACGACAUCUAAGGGGAAUACAAAGCAAACAGUUCGCCUAAUGAGCCGUUUCCCGUCCAGUUCUGCUCAGUUUUGCUUUUCUUUGAGUGAUUUUCCAAGUUUCAAGAUAAAAUAUAAUCAUUCUAGUAUCUCUAGAGUCGUUGCUCGCAACACAUGUUAUUCGUUUCUGAGUUAGAACUGAAAUUUCCUUCAAAAGUGCUAGAAAAUUAUUAGAAGGUCUAGCCAAAUAUUUCUCAGAAUUUCUCAGACCAAAACUUGUGUGAAAGUUUAUUUUUGAAGAUGUGAACUUUUUUCAACUACGGUUGUUGAACUUUGAAAACUUCAAAUCCAAAACAAGAAGUAAAAUUUAAAAAAAAUCUUCAUUCAAAAUUCCAUUGAAAGAAUGAGUUCAGAAUCAGAUUUUUUUUUUUUUUCUAAUAAGAGAAUUUCUACUUUUUUUCUUUAUCGUGGCUAGUAUCUCAGUACCCUCUGACCGGAUUCCGAGCUGAUUGACUCGAGAUUUCUGCAAUAAAUCUUCUCCACUUCUUCUCUCUCACAAGGACACGAUAUCCUUGCCAAGGAAAUCCAAUACAAACAGUCCUUGAAAUUGAAAAAUUUCUCGCGGUUGUCCGGCCAAAACGAGAAAAAAAAACGCGUCCGAACCAUACAAACAUCGCGUUUUGGCCGCCGGCUCUUGGUGUGUUUUGCAACAAAAGCUCGGCGGAUCCGGCAGCAAUUAAUUAACACUCGUUUUUUUUCUCCUUCUCUUCCCCGCUCAGCUGCCAGUCACCUCUGAUUUUUCAACCUUCAUCGAGUUACCUUUCUUUCGAAGCUUUUUUUCAGAUUAUUGUAGUUCUUCAGUUUUCUCAUAAAUAUUUUUUUACCUUUUCGAAGGAUUUUUGAGUUUUUUUCAUUUUGGCCCAAAGUCAAUUUUUGCGCAUUCAAGAAUUGCAAAAAAACGAAUGCAUUUUAAUUAACCCUAUUCAAUCUCCAAAUCUUGAUGUGCUCGCUCUGGCUUGCCCUUUUUAAAAAAAUGUUUCAUUAUUUAAAGGAUUUUUUUAUUUUUUUAACUUAAAAAAACACUCUAAACAUUUUUUUCUCUUAAAAAAAUAGUUAAAGUAAGCUCUAAUCAGUUUGGUUUGACGUUUACGUAAGACUGUUUGAAAAGGACGUGAGAAUAAUUUUUAUUUCGAAAAAAAUUUCGAGUUGAUUAUUUAUUGAAGAGGAUUUUUUUGUAAAAUAAUUGUCUAAUCGUUUCAAGACUUUUUAUCAAUUACUGUCUCGAACAGGCUGUCAAUUAUCUACUGUCCCAUCAAACUCCCAAGUUUUUUUGAACGAAUUUUUUUACUUAUUUUUUUAAAAUAAAUUAUCAUAAAUUUUAUUUUUCGUAAUAAAGACAUUCAUCGGCUGGAUCUCACCCCGGCCUUUUGCGCGCGAAAAUAAAAUUUAAAAAUGUACUGAAAUAGACCGCCCUUCUAGGGGUUGGGAUCCAGCCGGCGUAUGAUUGAAGAGUUAUUGAAAGUUAUAGUUGAAAUAAGGCUCAAAAAUCAAGUUCACACUACCGUAAAAUAUUGACGAUGAUGGUCAAAGGACAGUUUCGGGCAAAUUUGAAGCAUAUCAGCGGUGAAUUAGCGGCUUGGCUAAGACCCAAUGGGCGUCGAAUUAAACCGGUGGACAAACAGCCGCCGGUCGUCUCCCGGAAAUUAUUAGCACCUCCAAAAUUAGCCGCUCCCUCGGUUUCUUUCCGUUUCUGGCCUGAUUCCUAACUUCGUCACUCAGAACCUCUAAUUAUCCAUUCGACAUGCUUGCGUGGUGGGUUUACACACCGCUUCGAAGAGCUUUUGCCAAACAGCCAAAUUGAUAAAUGGUCCUGAAGGUCGCUUUUUCCCCCGUAAACAAUUUAAUGAAAGGAUUUGGGAAGUUUGGGAUCGAUUCAGUUUGGUGAAGACUUUAAAAUGCGAAUACUCAUUUUGAUUUUUUUUUUUUCAUGGAAAAGUACAAAGGAUAUUCGAUCCUGAAGUAGAAAAAAUCCUUUAGAUCAAAACCCAAGCUCCCUAAAGAAAUACUUCUAUCCAAACUGCAAAAUUCUGUUACUUGAGAACACUAAAAAACUAAUUAGAAACUGAUUGGAUCUGGAGAUUGAGAAAAAUGGCUGUCAUUUCUAUCAACUUCCAUUGUGAUAUUCGUUUGGAGCUGUGUUCAACUUGCUUUUUUUCAACCAGCAAUUUUCGACGUCUCUUUUUCUUUCGAAAUUGGAUCCAAACGUAAAAUCUUACGCUCAUGAAUGAAAAAAAAAAGUUGAAGUUUAACCUAUAAACCUUUAUAAAGAUCAGAAAGCUGACUAGGGAACCUUUUUUUGGAUGUUGAUUUAAAUUUUGAUAAAAGCGCCUGGAGUGAACUUUCGGACCUCUUAAUUUCAGAACAAGCAAAAAAAAAAGUCUUGUAAAAAAAUGUUAAUCUUGACUUGUGAAGCCUCAAAGUAUUAAAAGUACGCGAAUUAUGGCAAAAAAACGCUAUUUCAAGCUUUUGAAGCGUUUAAAAAAAAAAUGCAGAUUCAUUUCGAGAAAUUAUUUUCUUUUUCUUUUUUUGAAAGUAGGAGGCCUUAAAAUAAAUUUCAGCCCAGUUUCAUCUACCGGGACCGGAAAAGGAACGCUCCUUACUCAGAUAUAUUUCGGGGGAAGCUUAAUCUUUUCAAAACUCUGUAUUAAUGGACUAGUAUCCCCUUCAGAUCUCUGGCAUCAUUUAAUACCAGAAAUUUGCCCUAUUUUACUAUGUUGUCAAACUUCCAAGCUUCAAAAAUCUGCUCUGAAUGACGCAAAUACGCUUCUAUAAAAGGGAACGUUGCAGUAAAGGAAUGCUUUCCGCCUCGCUGGGCAACUUGUCGGCGCCGCCGCCGAAGCCACAGCGCCGUAUCGCCCGUCUCCGUUCUUCGGCCAACGACAGCUUCAACGGUGCUCUUUCCAUCUAUUUCCACAUCAACAAACUGAUUUUCUCUUUCGUUCAUUCAAAUUUCUUCAGCAAGUCUACCUCAACUAGCGGAGAAAUCGUCAUUCUCGACGUUUGACAUACUCGAUAGGUUCAAAAGCAACACGACUCUUUGCAGCGUCGACGAAGGUUUUUUUUUCAAGUUUUUAAAACCUUCAAAAAACUAUGUUUCAAGAAUGUCGUGCUCGAACAAUCAGCUGGUAGUCUUUCAAGUAGUCCUCAAAGCGCAAAAAAAGAAAUUUUUUUAUCGAAUUUUUAAAAAAAGUAGAAAAAUUUCCUUGCUGCUUAUUUUUUUCUCAAAAAUUUCUUUUUCUCAUGUGGGAAACGAGUACAGAGUUAAAUAAAAAAAGUCAGUUCUAAAAAAACAAUUUUUUUGCAGUUGAUGUGAUUUCUUUAAUUCUAAAAUGUUCUCCCCAUGGUUUCAAUUUCGAGAGUUAUUAUUUUUUUCAGCCUUUCCAUCAAAAUUUUUUUUAAAGCUUUACUGUUUUAUUUUUUUUGAACUAGAGUAAUUUUGUUUCUGAAAGUGUUAUAAUUGAUUUUAUGAAGUUUCAAAGUUGAUGUUCAAUCAAAAAAAUUAAUAAAAGUGAAGUCCUCCUUGUUUUUAUGCAGCGAUUAUCCAGCUGAAUUUCUCAAAAAAAUUUCAGUCUUCUUCCCAUGGCGUUUCUUUUUCCGUCCAACUUCUUGAUAAUUUAUUCCAACUCCAGAACCCAAAGAUGGAAAACCGAAUUUGAGAGGGAGGGUUUUUGGAGCGAAAGUGCGAAUCUCAAGAGAGUAGUUGUCGCCCAACGGGCCACCCUCCGAACGCCGCUCUUUCUCCUGUUUUUUUUUUGGUUCUCAACCUCUUGAAUUUAUUCAAAAACGUCCGACAGAAUAAGCUAUUAUGUUUGUUUUCGACGAUGAAUUCCAUAAGUUCUUUCGCGAAGAUCUUUGAAAAUUUCCUAAACUCUUUCAGAACCUUUCAACGCCACUUCGAGCGUCCCAGAAGCGGCUCGAAUCAGAAAUGUGAGCCUUUUUUUCUGUUUUUGUGUGUUUUUUGGUUGGUUCGUUACGCCGCAGUUUUAUCAUAAAAACGUUUAUGAACCAUCGUUUGGACCUUUUCAAAUUGCGUGCACAUGGCGAAAACCACAAAACUCCAGCUGUUUUUCCCCGUCUCUUUUCGCAUGCAACCUGAAAAGUUCUACUUGAUCCUGGUUUUUCAAUUUUUCAUCAGUUUUUAGAGAAGGUUUCAAUCAAUUUAUGUUAUGUUUUAAUUUGAGAGCUUGAUUUAAUCUAUAAGAUUGUGAAGUUCCGACUGCUGUAAGUAUGAAGGAAGAAAAAUUAACUCUCGCAGAAGUUUUCUAUUUUAUGCAAUUUGGAAAGAAAUUGAAGUGCAGUCUUCUUUUUUAAGUUCUAUAAUGGUAUAGAAAAUCGGUUUUUAUGUUCUAUUGGCCUAAAUAUUCUGCGUCAAAUGUAUUUUUUUUUCCUUCCAAAAAAAAGUUAAGGAAAAAUUGCUUUUACUCUGUUAUUUUUGGGUAAUAAUAAGCGUCUUUUAGACUCAUUUUUCGAAUUGCUCACUUUAUCUCCUCAAACUUCUCCAAGUUCAGUUGAAGCUGCCUGGAUUCACCGGCAGCGUGGAGUCGGCGCUGGCGUCGUCGACAAGUGUCCGCAGACGGCCGCCUUCCUACGAAGAAGUGCAGAUCUCGCGUCGAGCGUCGCAGCUGCGACCACAGUCGACGAAUUCGUCGCCGCGAUUCUCGUCGCGUCACACGAUCGCCGUCAAUCAGCAACACGUCCAGGCGGCCCAGGAGAAUCUGCGGUCAGUCUCAGUCGCGAAUCCCGAUCUAUCCUUCGCAGAUGUCGUGAGGAGGCGGCGGUGAUGUCGUCGCCGAAGAGCACCAGGUCAGACAGCUCGACGAGCGUCGACUCCGGCCAAUGCUCGGGUAUCCAUACUUUAUUCGGCUCUAUUCAUUCAGCCACUCUCGGCCGUCAAUCCAGUCUGAAUUCUUGAGCUCUGUCAUUUUUGAUGAUUUCUUGACAUUUAUUCUUUCUGGUUUGCAAGACUUUUUCACAUGUCCAAGGGUUCAUUUGAGGGUAUUCUAUGGCUAAAUUUUUUUUUCGAAUUUGUAAGGGCGGCGUUCAUACGAAUUUCGUUGUAGAAGCCUUAUUCAGUUCAUUUACUUUUUCUGCUUUAAAACGGAAAAAAAUAAUUAUAAACUACUAUAUUUAACAGCCAUACAUGAAAUUUUUUUCUUUUGCUUUUUUUCUGUAUGAUUACUUUGAUAGACUGUGAUAUCAGUUACUCAUAGUUUCUAUGGAAACUUGACCUUUCUAGAAAUGAUCAAAACUCUAUUUUCUUAACUUUUUUAAUUAUAGAAAAAAACUUUAGAAAUGAAAAAAAUGCUACAAAAAAAAUUUCACAAUGGGAAAGAGACCCGUUCGUUUUUAAAUUGUGGCUUCCUUUUUCCAAUUUGAAAUCUCCAGGAGACGUGAUCUUGUCAGAGCAGCGGUCGGUCUGUUCGACGCGGCAGGACAGCAAAGACGAAUUCGGAGAAGAAGAAAUGGCGCCUUCAGGCGGACUCCCUAGUUAUGCCCGCAUGGCCAGUAAGCGUUCAUUCACUGACAGAUAGCUUUUUCUUGGAAAAAAAUAGGAGUGAUGGAGGCGGAAUGAUUCCUUUAUCCAUGAUAUCAGUGUAUUCAUUUUCAUUGAUGUGGGAAUAUAGAAGUUUCGAUGAAAAUCUGCACUGAAGACUUGCAGGCACGAUGGACCACGUCCUGCGCACGUCUUCCGCCGUCUACACCCUUCUCUCGACGACUUUGAACCCCCAGUUGUGCAGAGAUCUUUUGGCCAAAGUCCUCUUUUCCGAGUAAACCAGCUAAUAAUGAGCAUCAAUUUUAGUCAUCAGUAUUUGUGCAACUUGUGGAGACGUCGCCAUGUGCCGAUGCGCUUCCAAAAUCUGACAUGGCCGCUUUGAAAACUCAAAUCGCCGACUUGCAGCGGUUUCCGCUUUUUGAUAGCUUUCCUCAUCGUAUAUCGAUGCUUACAGUAAUCAACCGAACGGGAUAGAUCUCAACAACAUGAACAACUGCUUUGCAAUUCUUCUACGCAAAAACAUCGAACAAGUCCUUCAAAUCUUUACAAGGGUAGGUAUUGAAAAAUGAAAUUCGAUUAUUCCGAGAAAAUUUUCUACUUGAAGCUAAUAAAGUUACUGUACAGCAAAAAUAAUUGAAUUCAGAUAAUCUGCAAGUACCUCGCCGAGUGCGGGAACAAGGAUCGGCUGGUGACCAUUUCCUUGGAACACCUCAUCCACAUUUGCCUCUUUGGCGACGAAUUGUGCCUCGAGGCCAUUCAAGUACCUUCCGAAGUUUACCGAGAAUUUGUAAAUACUCGAUUGCAGCGGAACUGCAUCACGUCGGCGCUGAAGAUGAUCCGGCAGCCGUCGACUCCAGAACAUUCCGUGCGGUUUCUGCUGCGGACCUUGGCGGUCGUCUGCGGCGUUUCCAAGGGCGCUCUUUCACUGUUGUCGGUAGGGAACAACUUGAAAAAAAACCCGAUUUGAGAAUUUUAUGAAACUUUGCUGUGAUGGUCUCUAGAGAACACCGAUCCCCGGGAAAUCGACAAAAGAGACGUUCCUUAAGGCUUGAACUCUAACAUAGUAGAAGAUAAAAAAAUAAGAUUUUCAGCGUCUUCGAGUUUGAACUCGACUAACCAAUUGAAUACAUAAAUUUUGCCUUUUGUCCAAGUUUCCUUUUCUCAAAAUUUUUGAUAAUGAGUAAAAGAAAAAAACUUGUUGAAGUCGUCAAUGGACUUGAUCUCAACUAAAAAGCAAAUAGACAAUUUUUUUGUCAUUUUCUCAAACUGUGUCUUUUUGAAAAUACAGUGUGAGAAACAAUUUUACUUCGUUAUUUUCAGCAAGGCGGCCUCGACCUAGUCCUCCAUCAUUUGCUGAGCAUCACUUCCCCACAAUGUUCCAUCGAAUCGGCUGGUAUUUUAACGCAAUUGACCAAUCCUCAGCACUCCUUCGUCAGGCUGACUGCGGUUCAACCCAUCGUCUCCCGGCUUUUAGGUAAUUAUCGAAAAAAUGUUUUCAAUUGUGCGUAGGCGGAACUGAAACAGGCUUUCAAUCUCUUUUUUUGAACUUAUUUUUUUCAGCUUCAAAUCGAUAAAAUACUUUAAAGAGAAGGUUUUUCAAUUAAAUUCAAAGGAAAAUAAAAUUUAAAAAAAAUAAAGUAGCCGAAGUCAAGCUGCUUGAAGGAGUAGAAUUACCAACUUCUUGCGGCUUUACCGAUUUCAAAAAAAUAUUUUUAAAAAAAUUCUAUAAAUUAUUAUACCUCAACGCUUUUUCAAAAAGUGAGUACCAAUUAUUCACUCUCCUUUUUUGAAAGCCCAAAAGUAAAAAAAAGAAAGAGAUGAAAAUCAAAAAAGGAUGUUUGAGAUCUGAUCGACACCUGCUCAACGGGAGACUCGCUUCUCUUGGCGACGGCGGCGCUGAACAACGUCGCCCUGCAACAUCCCAACAUCAUCGACAUUCUCUUCAAGUCGAUUCACGAGCGAAUCUCCCUCUGAACACACUCAAUUGCAGACACAACGCCAUCCAACGCUUCAUUUCCGCAUAUCAUCGCGAGAACUGCUCGACAAUUUUCGUCCAGGAACAGGUCGGUGACGAUGUUCUGCAGCUUUACCGUCGAAGUCAUUGAGAUUGUGACGGCUCUUUCUCGGCUGGCGGCCAGACGCUAUGAAGAGGCUCUCGUCGGGCAAAAUGCCGUCCCCGUCCUUCUGGAGAUGCUCUCUCUAACGCACCCCUUGCACGUCGACUACUGUCGUCGGAUACGAUACAAGGUUCGAAGAGAAACUUGUUUCUGCCAUUAAUAAUGAUUAUUCAAAACCGUUUUUAAAAGCGAAACCAAACCAUUUCUAUAGAAAAGGAGUUAAAGAUCUUCUUUCUUCCAUACUUUAGGGCCAAUUUGCUGAAACAUAAAGUUUUUUAAUUCAAAAAAAUAGUCCUUAUGCGGACCAAGACAAGCUUUAGAAGUUGGUAAAGUGGUCCCUAUAAGACCUAAGGUUGCCCAUAUAGGGACCACCCUCCGGCAUCGACUUUACUGACAUUUCUCCAUAGCAAGUCUAGAAAAAGAAAUGUUGAAGAAAAUUUUCAAAGGUUUGGAGAAUAGGAAAACUUUUUUGCAGGCCGCGGUGUGCAUCGGGACUCUGGCGAACACGAACGUCGGCCUCAAGUCGCUCUACGAAAACCAAGGUAUGUUCUUGAGUCUAGUCCAUUUCCGGAUCGGGAAAGCUCGAACUUGAAUCUUUCGCUUUAGCCUACGCGAUUCUGAGCAACGUCCUCUACGACGACCAAUCGGCCGGCAACCCUUUCAACAUGAUUUGCGCCAGUAUCCGCAGCCGUCUCGAGGCCAAAUAUCAAGCGGAAAGUGCCGUCUGA